AUGACCUGUUCGACCAGAUCCCAUGGAUCACUGGCAGAAGUGUAUGGUGUUUCGGAUUUCAUCGUCUACGGAGCGAAAUUGACGUUUGUGGAUCUGAGCGGAGUUGAUUUCUACGAGGCAAAGAUGAGGGAUACAUCGCCGGAAUCGGUGUAUUGUAAUGUUCAGGGUAUAGGAGACAACGGAGCGGUGGUUGUUGUACCGGCGUUGGAGGAGGAGGAGAGGGUUGUGACGAUGACGUUGCCGGACGAAGAGAUGGAGAAGGUUAAAUGGGAGCUGAAGAAUUGUGAAUUAGUCACGGCGUUAGUUAACGGAGAAUUAAUUUAG